AUCGAGCAAACGCGCCUCAAUAUCUCGCGGAAAGACUCCCUUGCCAUUAGAUCUUGUGUGUCUGUGAUGAGAAGCUGAAAACAUAUGUAAAUCGCACAAAAUUUGUCUCCUCUAAUUUGGGCUCAUAUAAGUCCUCAUUUCAGAGCGGAUUUCCCUCAUACUUUGAAACGACAAGACAAAAACUUCCAACGACAAGAUUGGUGGGGUCAGUCUCACUAGAUUUCCAUUCAAGGGGAGUCACAGGUCUCUCGUUUGAUAUGGAUUUGGACCUGGACAGCUGCUUAGAUACCCAUCUAGCUCUUGCCGGGCCCUAGAAGCAGCCCGUGGUAUCUGAAAUGGUCUCUACACAACAAUCACAGCCCCACGAGCUGCCACUUUACAGUGCAAGCAGUCUUCCAGCCCCGGUAUUACCAGAAAGACUUGCAUGUUCGCCAACCCUCGAUCUACUUGCUACUGUUGAUCAGGACAAUGUGUUCUUUAUUCGCCGAGCCAACGGCGAGCAGGUAUCCAAGCCUGCGAAAAGGCCGGGGGAAGAAGUCCUGGCAUUGAGGUGGAAGCCCGACGGCCAGUAUGUUGCCGCAGCAUGGAGUGAUGGCACUGUCCGUCUUAUGGGCAUUGAGUCCACCAAGACUCUUCACCAGAUAACUCGCCAUGACAAUACCCAGGCAAAGAUCGAGUAUUUGGGUUGGACCCGGAACUGGACUGGCAAGGCUCACUUAGGCUCCCGCAAGAACCAGUCCGGUUCCGCGGGAUGGGAUGGAUUGAUUUCGGGAGCUUUCGAUGAUCUCAGCCUGGAUGAGCAGAAGGACGUUGUGGACUUCCCCCGUGAGAUCACUUUCUUGGAGAUCGAGACAUCUUUACCAAAGAUCAGUCCACUUCCGGUAUCUGGCGGUACAGGUGAUGACACAUUCGUGUUCUCGUCCCGAGCCUCUUUGGAGUUUGUAUUCCGCGAGUUUAAGCCUGAAGAUGCAGACCAGGUCGACGUCAUGAUCAUUGGUAUGGUUGACGGAACCAUGCGGCUCACUAUCUACGACACCUUUGAUGUAGGCGUCUUCAAAUACUCCAUUCCCAUAGGGUGCAAACCAUGGGCCACCGCCCACACGCCUCCCCUUCGGCUUCUUUGUCAUGCUGCGCACCCAGCUGUGUCCACACACUCGCUCCUCCUAAGCGAACAAGGCAACACGACUGUUGACUCAGUUUACCUUGUUCCAAUGGAUCUGCAUUUUGUGUACUCGUCGCCGAUCAAUCUGUCCCUACUUGCCUCCAAGGUGACCAUAUUGCAAAAGCUCUUGCGGUAUAUCCAUCAGGCCCAGGCUCACAUGGCUUCCGAGUGGACUUCCACACGAGAACUACCGUCGAGAUUUCUGGCCAAUGUACAAGAGGAUCUCAGGGAGGCGCCCGAAGGCCCAGUCGAUAUUAUACAGGCCCUGUAUCAUACGGUCCUGACUGGACACGCCAAUCCGAUUCUAAAAGAGUGGCUGGUUGACAGCGUUGCCGAGCGUGGUCACAAACGGUGGGAUAAGGCCGUGACGUCUGGUCUGGAAAACCUCCGUUCAUUGAUACACGAGAAUAUGCUCCCCGCUCUCGAGCGCUGUGCCAUCAUUCUAGCCCGUCUUCUUGGGAUUGCCCGCUUUCACGAUGGCCGGAGGACCGAAAUUGGGUUCUCUACGGCCAAGAUCACACGACUGAUUGAGAUCGUUUCGUGCUUGACGCUUGUGUGCCACAAAGUACUCAAUCAUGUCAUGGACGAACUUGAGCUUUUCAAGAUCUUCUCUACAUGGUUACGAUUUCAAAUUGACAGGAUGGCAACAACGAGUAUGACCGACGAACUUUCAGAGAGAGAGGCCACUAUGGACAAUGGCAAAGUCCUUCAGUACAUUUCAAAACAUCUCACUAAAAGUCCUGCAGCAGCUUGUUUUGGCGGCAAAGACGAUGUCAACUUUCGCAAAGAUCAAGAACGCAUCGACGACGGUGUACCACUACUUGAACUGCUUGACACACAGAUUCGCCGGGCAGAGGAUAACUUGUCAUACAUGCAAGCUUUCCCGAGGGUCGACUUCUUGGUACUAUAUUUGAAGAACAAAGCGCAGAGUGUAUUCGAGGAUAUCGCAGAGGCUGAGAGAAGAAGCGUACGAUUCGGCACACCAACGUCACUGACCAUCGGCGGGCCCAUUCGUAAGCACGAAAUGCAUGUUUGCCCACUUUAUCAGCAGAAUUCCGUUGAUGGACAGACAUACACCGCCAUGUCGUCGCAAGAGCGACAAAAUGAAUUGCAUAUAUUCCGCACCAAGGUUAGCAUCAUCAACGGCAUCAGCAGCACAGUCACCACGGACGUGUACUCGGUAGCCUUGACUGGAGGAAAGCUGGUGGACUUUGGUUUCUUGAACGCAGACGUGCUCCUAGUGCUAUGGCAUCCUGAUGGGGCAUUGCCUUUCUUGUUUCGCAUCCCGCUCAAGUCGCCUGAAGGUGGCGCCUAUGUCCCUCACAAGGAAGGAACUGCACCCGUUGCUACUCUAAUGAGAGUUGAGGAUAUUAUGGGCGCCACUUCUAGGCUGGAGGUCUCUGAGCAGGCCCAGGGUAGUAAAUUCGUGCCGGUGUGGAUGGAGAUCAAGGCGCCCAGCAAUGUCAGAGGCAAGGUGCCAGCCAGAAUUUGCCUACUGGGGAGAGACAGGAUUACUUAUAAGGUGUUUGCCGUACCGGACGAGUUCCACAUGUUUUGAUAGCGAUGGCAUGUAUAGCGGAGUGGAAGGCGGUACACAGUACAGCAAUAAUGCCUUGGUAUUGCUGUGAUAUAACAUGGGACAGACUAAAGAGCAAUCAUGAUCGUUUAGCUAGGUACAUAGGUAGGUACCUACCUACCUACCUGCCUGGCAUUUACGUAGUACCAUAUCACCCCACCAAUCCUGCGCAUUAAACAUCUGAACCUCGUAUAUGUCUAACAGGCUAUGUACAUGUUUACAUCCCCGCCUAUUGUUCUUUUAAGCCUUAUUUACUCUCUCAUUCAC